AUGGCGACCAUACGCAGCCUUGAUCACACCAAAUCGGAGGCUGAGCUGGCCAUCAACAUUAAGAAAGCGACGAGCCCCGAAGAAUCAGCCCCGAAGCGCAAGCAUGUCCGCAGCUGUAUCGUCUACACCUGGGAUCACAAGUCCUCCCAGUCCUUCUGGGCGGGGCUCAAGGUCCAGCCCAUCCUGGCCGAUGAGGUCCAGACAUUCAAGGCCUUGAUCACGGUCCACAAAGUUCUCCAAGAAGGGCACCCCGUGACGCUGAGGGAAGCAAUGGCGAACCGAGGGUGGAUUGACAGCUUGAACCGCGGCAUGGCCGGGGAGGGCAUGCGUGGUUACGGUCCUCUUAUCAAGGAAUAUGUCUACUACCUCCUUGCCAAGCUCUCGUUUCAUAAGCAGCAUCCCGAGUUCAAUGGCACCUUCGAAUACGAGGAAUACAUCAGCCUCAAGGCAACCAAUGACCCCAACGAGGGCUACGAAACCAUCACCGAUCUGAUGACCUUGCAGGAUAAGAUCGACCAAUUCCAGAAACUCAUCUUCUCGCACUUUCGUAAUGUCGGGAACAACGAGUGCCGAAUCUCUGCUCUUGUGCCUCUUGUCACCGAGAGUUAUGGGAUUUAUAAGUUUAUCACCAGCAUGCUUAGGGCAAUGCACUCGUCAACGGGAGAUAACGACGCCCUUGAACCCCUCCGUCAACGAUAUGACGCCCAACACUACCGUCUCGUCAAGUUCUACUACGAGUGCUCCAACCUUCGUUAUCUCACGAGUCUCAUCACCAUCCCGAAGCUGCCGCAAGAGCCGCCCAACUUACUCGCAGAAGAUGAGAACGCCCCCGCCCUUCCCGCCCGCCCUAAGCAGGAAAUCGAGAAGCGCCCAACACCUCCGCCAGCACCCAAGGCCGAAGAGCCGGACGAGAUCAACGAGUUCUGGAAGAGCGAGAUCGACCGGCAGAACAGGGAAUAUGAAGAACAACAGCGAGUCUUGGAGGCACAGCAGCAAGCCGCGCUCCAAGCGCAACAGCAGGCCCAGCUUCAGGCUCAACGCGAUUUCGAGGAGCAACAGCGCCGGUUGAUGGAGCAGCAACAGCGGGAGCAGGAGGCCUUGAUGGCCCAGCAGGCACAGUGGCAGACACAAGGACGGCUGGCCGAGCUGGAGCAAGAAAAUCUCAACGCGCGGGCGCAGUAUGAGCGCGAUCAGCUCAUGCUCCAACAGUACGACCAGCGUGUCAAAGCGUUGGAAAGCGAGCUGCAGCAGAUACAAGGCAAUUUCGGACAGCAGCUGGGAAGUAAGGACGACCAGAUCCGCGCAUUGCAAGAGCAGGUUAAUACCUGGCGAUCCAAGUACGAGGCGUUGGCCAAGCUGUACUCACAACUCCGCCACGAGCAUCUCGACUUGCUUCAAAAAUUCAAGUCCGUCCAGCUGAAGGCGGCAUCGGCGCAAGAGGCCAUCGACAGGCGGGAGAAGCUCGAACGGGAGAUCAAGACGAAGAACCUCGAACUCGCCGAUAUGAUCCGGGAGCGUGACCGGGCCCUUCACGACAAGGACAGGUUGUCCGGCUCGAACAAGGACGAGGUGGACAAGUUGAAGCGAGAGCUCCGGAUGGCUUUGGAUCGCGCAGACAACCUUGAACGUAGCAAGGGUAACGAAUUGUCCACCAUGCUCUCCAAAUACAACCGCGAGAUGUCCGAUCUUGAGGAAGCACUGCGCACCAAGUCGAGGGCGCUUGAUGAGGCUCAAUCCAAGUUGAGGGACGGCAGCUCGGACCUCGAGGCCCUGCUCCGUGAGAAGGAGGAGGAGCUUGAGGUCUACAAGGCCGGCAUGGACCAGACGCUGAUUGAACUUAAUGAGUUGAGGAACAACCAGGGUGCCUCGGACCAGCUGCUAGACGGUCAGCUCGACGCCAUCGUCCUGGCUCAGCUUGACAAGAUCAACGAGAUUAUCGACUCGGUUCUCCAGUCGGGAGUGCAGAGGGUCGACGAUGCCAUGUACGAACUCGACUCGACCAUGCAGGCCGGCAACCAGAGCGCAUCGCCGAAUUAUGUUCUUUCGCAGAUCGAGAAGGCCUCCGCCAGCUCGACCGAGUUCGCCACAUCAUUCAACAACUUCAUCGCCGAUGGCCCCAACAGCACGCUCGCGGAUCUGAUCAAGAAUCUUAACGUGUUCUCCGGCGCUAUCGCAGAUGUAUGCAGCAACGCCAAGGGUCUGACGCGUCUGGCAACGGACGAGAAAAAGAGUGACUCGUUGAUUGCCGGUGCUCGUCAGUCUGCGCAUGCGACUGUCACCUACUUCCGCAGCUUGCUUAGCUUCCGUCUCGAUGGCAUGGACCCGGUGCAAAGGACGGACGUUGUCAUCAACAGCAACAAUGAGGUGCAGAUCAACCUCCAGCGGCUCAACAAGAUUGUGGAGACCUUUGCGCCAGGCUUUGGCAAACUCGCCGGCAAGGGCGACCUGGGCGAUAUCGUUGACCAAGAGCUCAACAAGGCGGCCGACGCCAUCCAGGCUGCGGUUGACCGUCUGAACAAGCUCAGGAACAAGCCGCGUGAUGGGUACUCUACCUACGAGCUCCGGGUUCACGACUCGAUUCUAGACGCCGCCUCGGCCAUCACCACGGCGAUUACACAGCUCAUCAAGGCAGCUACUGUCACCCAACAAGAGAUCGUGCAAGCCGGCCGCGGUUCGUCGUCGCGCACGGCAUUCUACAAGAAGAACAACAGGUGGACGGAGGGCCUCAUCUCUGCUGCCAAGGCGGUGGCGUCGUCGACCAACACGCUCAUCGAGACGGCUGAUGGCGUGCUCUCGCAUCGCAACAGCCCAGAGCAGCUGAUCGUAGCGUCCAACGACGUGGCCGCGUCGACGGCCCAGCUUGUGGCCGCCAGUCGCGUCAAGGCUGGCUUCAUGAGCAAGAGCCAGGAGAACCUGGAACAGGCCAGCAAGGCUGUCGGCGCUGCCUGCCGCGCGCUUGUUCGCCAGGUGCAGAGCAUGAUCAAGGACCGCGAUGCCGGGGAGGAACAGGUGGAUUAUUCCAAGCUCGGCGCGCACGAGUUUAAGGUGCGGGAGAUGGAACAGCAGGUCGAAAUUCUGCAGCUCGAGAACGCCCUAUCUGCGGCCCGCUCAAGGCUUGGCGAAAUGCGCAAGAUAUCAUACCAGGAGGAGUAA